AUGAGUGGACACUACGUCCAGCACGUCUUCAUUGCUCGACGCGGUGAGGAAGCCGACCACCUAAACAACUGGAUUGGAGUCGGCACUUCGAGACAAGAACGCAGCGCCACAUUCCUUUCUCCUGCUGGAGCGAGUCAAGCGGAGUACCUUGGAGAGAAUUUUCGAGAAAAGGGCGUCACCCACAUUUUCGCGGGGUUGACAGAGAGCAGCGUCGAGACAGCUGAUGGGGCACAGCGUGCAAUUGGCAAAACGUGCAAGACACAUGGAGGCAAGGAAACUCUGGAAGAGAACAUCAUGUAUUUUCAAGAGGCGAACGCGCUUCACAAGCUGCUGAAUCACUAUCCUUCCAAGAGCGUUGCCUUCAUCUGCGACUCCGGCUCGAUCGUCCACCUCUUGACGCAUUCUCUGCAGAAAGGCAAAGGAAAAAGCGCGGCGGGGUGCUCCCUCGAAAGCGCGCUCUUUUGGGGCGGUGUGCCUUGUGGAAGCGUGACGGAAAUUGCUUUGACGAGAGAUACACAGGCAGGCAAUGCCAUUGUCGAUGCUCGUCUUGUCAGCGUCGCGAAACAAAUCUACAGGGCGCCGCCCCGGAGCGCCUCUCCCUUAAUGUGGAGCAAGAGCGGCGACACAGUUCCGAGUUCCUGGGCUUUUGGGUUGGGCUGUUAUGCCCCGCAACUGGACGCCGCCGAGGAGGUUUUCAGCGACGCAGAGGAAAGAGACGAACGGCACGGCGGCGCAUGCGACACGCCGGCCGAGGAAAAGAACUACGAGGAGGACCGAAGCGCAGCAGCCGCUAGCCCCGUCUCCGAUCCCGCUCUCGCUUGCUUCAUGAAUCUUUGCGGCUCCAAGGGACGAGUGGAGGCGAACGAGGCUGUUUUGGUGGCGUAUAUGAAAGGGCUGGCGCCGUCUCCUGAAGAUUUGGCUAGAUGGGACGCCGAGCAUGGCCCCGGGGUGAAGCACUCGCAACUCCAAACGUUCCUCGCUUUCUGCGUCCACACACCCUCCUACCUGGCGUCUGCAUUUGCGGCCUACGACGAAUCAAACACCGGCUAUGUCAGUCGUUUCACUCUGGUUUCGCUGUUGAUGGUUCUGACACAAGACCCAAACACGGAGCAACACGUUGACAUCCUUCUCAGAAAGUUCGGUCUGUACGGUGACGGAAGGAAAGUUAAUUACAUCAAGUUCGCCGACGCGCUUCUGCAGCCAACGCCGAACAUCGGAAUCGCCCCAAGCCUGGCCGCGCCGCUGGGACCGUCCCUUUCCUCGGCACCUGCUGCGUCGUCGCGCCCGGGUGCAUCGUGCAAUCAGUCCACGAUGGGUGCCGAGGAGAGAGGAACAGAAGAGGAUUUCUCCGGCGUGACGCAUGUGACAACCGUUGACUCGACAGUUGGAAUGACUGCAGUUUCCCCAACGCCAGAAUUCCCCGCAGCUCAGUGCGCCUCUUUGGAGGUUCAGGCGUUCGUCGAGUUUGCAGGUUCCAAAACGGCCACUCUCACGCCUGACCAGGCGUGCGAAGCAGCCAAAGAACAGCUGGGCCUCCCAGCCACUCCACAGGACAUCGAAGCUUUUGAGCGUGAAAGCGGAGAGAGAGUCCCCAAUUCCGUGGACUUGAAAACUUUCCUCAGAUCCGUCGCGUUCGCCCCCCCUCGUUACGAGGCUUUCACGCACGCUGCGAGGAAUGGCGUCAUUUCCCUCUCGGAUGCAACCAAGUUGUUCCCCCUUUUCGGAGUUCUCGUCGAUGUGCAUCCGAUGGAUGCUCAGCAGUUUUCCAGCGGCAAGCAAAUCCAGGUGAUGGAUUAUGCAACCUUCCAGCUGUUUACCCACUUCGUCCAAGCUCGGCACGCGGCUUUCCAGCAGCAAGCGAACUCCGGGAAAAUUAAACGAAAGACGUUGCUGAACGUGCUCGCCAACUGGGGCGAAUCGAUGAACGCCGAUGAGGCAGAGCGUCUCCUCACGGCACCCGGGGGCGCGGAGGAGUAUGUCGACUACAGGGUUUUUGUUUCUAGAAUCAUGCAGCCGAGCCCUCUACUGCAGUGCUAA